GAUCGCGCGCUACGCACAUGGCUCUUGCCUUUUACCAGAGCCAUCCGGCGCUCGUCCUCAUACCAAAUGACACAGCUAAUUUUUGGGAACUCUUCUUCUUGGCCUUCGCAACAACCGCCGCCACCUUCGCCAUCUUCGGAGCCCUCUGCACUUUCCUAAAGGUAGACGGGCUUUUGAGCCGGUGUACCACGAGCCCGAGCACCGGAUCGAUUCAGGACGCGCGCACUGUGCUGGCUCGGCCUGGGGCUUGUGCCGCAGCCGGGUAACGCGCCAGCGGCUUUUUGUUUUUCUCGUCUGUGUUGGCGUUUUUCCGCUUUCGGCAGGGCCACGCGUAUUGGUUGUUUUUUUUUCGUGGCCCGCAGAAAUACCGUUGUAGAUAGAGACGAGACGAGACGGCCCGAUUCUCGAUGCUGAAUGUUCGAUGCACGUUCAGCGGGUGAUCCAGCACAAGAUUGCGUGUCUCCGCCAGAACGUUUUUUUGCAGACCCGUGCUACGCCUGCCUGCUUUGCUUGUUUGUUCGUGAAAUCCAGUCUUUGCUUCUAGUCAGGACCCCCAGCACUGAACGUCUGUUGAAGCUAGUUUUGUGGCUGCUGCAGAAGAGAAAAACAGGAAAAAAGAAACAGCAAAAGAAUACAGGCCCCAGCAUCAUGUCUGUGCUUCGCCAACUGCUAAAGAGAUCGUCGUCCUCGGACAAGUGCACGGGCAGCAGCCAGAUGUGCGAGACCGGAACGGACACGAUGAACACGCUGGCCAUCUGUCUCGCAGUGAUCAUACCUGUCGCCGUCGUCAUCGUCGUGAUCUCCUUCUUCGUCGCCAAGGCGUACCGCCGCAACAAGAAAGAGGCGCUCGACGACAACGACCCGGACUUCAACGUCGAAAAUAUCAUGCUCCCCGAGUACGACCACCACUAUGGCUACCCGCCCCACGGCGCCAGAACCGCCUCCGGCCACCCGGGCCACCCCGUCUACGACAAUAACAGCAGGCUCGAUCUUUACAGCACCGACUCCCUGGGCAACCCGUUCAACGAGAAGGCUCUCGACCAACCGUCACAGGUGCAGCUCAACUCCGGCGCUGCUGCGCCAGCAGCAGGACUCGGCGCCAGAACCAAUGACAGCAUCUACCACAUGACCACCAGCGCCAACGCCAUCCGCCUCCCUUACGGAGACAGCAAGGAGGAGCUUGAACAGUACUCGAGAAACCUCGGCCUCGACUUCCAUGAGUUCAACUACCCUGUCAAGAAAAUGAACUCCGUUGGCGGGCCGAGACCUGGAAGCCCAAGCCACUCUAGAGAGACAUCCUACAGCUCUCGCUCCAGGCCUCCUGUCGGCUACGCCGUGAACGCGUCUUCAUCCCAGUCUUCUCCGCUAAAAAACAACGUCAGCGGUGUUGUAGGGAAGGUGAGGAGCAACCUCAACACUCUCGAGACGAGCAGCGUCUCCAAUCAGCAGCAUUCUACGGAAUCCUCGCAGAAAAGCCUCCACUAUGACCCACCUGCAGGAUCAACUAGACAGGCUCAUAAAGGAGAAGGUGAUGAAGACGAAGACAGCGAUGAUGGUCCCUUUACAGAUUGUCAAGAGUCCAGGAGCAGGCUGCAGAGUUUGAACAGCUCUCUCGCAAAGCAGCCAGUCGUCGCUGCAAGACAAUUUAGCAACAGCACCCACCUGCAGGAGUCGACGCCUUCUCUUGCCUCCCCUGUAACAUCCUCACUUACCAGCGAUUCCAACAAAAACAUCAACUCGUCCCACACCACCAUCACCAAUGAGGCGGAUGAAGUGGCCAACGUGAUCCCACAGAUCCUUGUCGACGACAAACAGGCUGAAUACAGCAAGGAAAGGACUCAUGAUAGAGAUGAAGUUCCUAAUUUUAAAGACCUAGCAGAAAAGGAAACUCCGCUUUCCCCAGAGGAGGAGGAACAAUUGAAUAGGAUGAAAUCCAUUUAUCAAGUCUAUUUCUCCCGUGAUGGUUCGAUCAAACGCAAAGAUGACACCAACUCAAACACUAACCCGAACACCAACCCGAACAUCGAUGACAACAACCUGCCCCCAUUACCAACAAUCUCCCUUCCAACCGAAGAAGUGGAAUACGCAAAGGCGGAUGAUACCCCACCACCGAUCUCCGGAGACAAACUUACAGCACCUCAGACUGAGGAAGACAGUGACGCUUUCAGAGCAAGCGUCUCCUCAAGUGUGUACUUACCGGUGAACGACGGAGGUCUGAACCAUUCCACUUCGACUGCAGGACAAUUUGCGCACCAGCAGCUCGGGAAGAUUAUUCAGAGUGAAGCUGUUGAUCAAAACCAGCAGCAACAGCAGCAACAAUAUCAACAAUACCCAGAUCAGUAUUCUCAACAGUAUCCUCAGCAGUAUCCUCAGCAGUAUCCACAACAAUAUCCGCAACAAUACCCGCAGCAAUACUCACCACAGUAUGCAAACGAUUACUCACAAAAUCAACUGCAAUACCAACAAUACUACCAACAGUAUCCCCAAAUGUAUCAACAGUAUCCCUCCCAACAGUAUGGAUAUCCAGCUAACCAAAGGGCCCAACCAUACGCGGGCGUUCCGAAACCAUUGCCUGCACUCGAAAAACUUCCGUUACCUCAUCAAUUGAACAAGCGUACAUCCACGCUAGAAUCUUUUACUACAUUUAGCGCCCAAUCCCACAGAAAUCCAGUUACCUUUCCGGGUGUCCCAAUCGAUCAGAACUUUAAUCCAAUAGAUCAUGUCAAUUGGGGGCAGGAAGAGGGACAUGUACCAAGCCCAGGUCAAAUUAGGAAGUCGAUCUCUGUAUUCAAUCCGGUUGGACUUUCGAACAAAUCGAAUACGUUUAUUUCCAAGGGAACAGCCAAGGAACGUGUACGGGAGCUGCAGAGACAGCAGACAGAAGGCUAUUUAUCUCCAAAUAGCCCUUCUCUAACUGGCCCCUUAUACGGCUUCUAUGAUAAUGUGAUGGAAAGGCCCCACGGAGCAGAGAACUUGAUUCCAAAAAGCGGAUCUCAGGCAGAUCUCAGAAAAUAUAUGGAUAACGCCAACGUGUAGCCUGGUCCGAAGGCCAACCGUUAAUCAAUGUAAGCUAUUAGCCAUAGUAGAAUGAACUUUAGUAGAUAAUAUAAGUUUGUGUAUCAGUUACAUACACAACAGAGGAUUUAAUAUAUAAUUAGCAAAACCAUUCUUUGUCUAAAUAACAACAAGAAAAAAACUGU